ACGUGACUUUAGAGUGCCAGCUAAAGGAGGGAACGCUGGUGAGUUUCCACAGCGGUGAGGUCCGCUCGUGUGCAGUGUUGUGAGGGGUGACACUUGGGGGAGGCCUCUUCAUCCAGCAAGUGGAUAGAUGAAGACUGAUGAUGAACGUUAAGAGUUGCCAUUGUUACGAGAGUUAAAAGCAGUUACCAUGGUGUGAGAAUUAAGUUAUCACGGUGUCAAGAGGAUAAAAAGUAACCGUGCUGUUACGUAGGUAUUCCCGCUCAUAGAGCUUACUCCAUGUACUUUGUGUGAAAAUAUAAGAAUAGGUUUUACCCUUUCUGGCAAUAAAACAGGCGGUAUGCAUGCAUUCACCACACGCACUUGUGGUGAACUUACAAGUAAAACAUGCUCUGAUAAUGUAUGGCAUUGUCUUUGAAACCGAUUGGCUACACCAGGGAGAGCCUUUCGGGCCUUGUCUCACCAUUGGCAGACCAGAGAACGCUAAAAGGCGAACAGUUGGCCUUCUCUGGUCUGGCACUGGUGAGACUAGGCCCGAAAGAAGGCUCUCUCUGGUGUCGACAAAUUAGUUUCAAAGACGAUGCAUAUUUUAUUUUUAGAGCAUGUUUGCAUGUUCACCACAAGCACGCGUGGUUAAUGUAGACAUGAUUCCUUGCAAAAGGUUCCUAUUUGGUGUUUGAACAUCUUAACACAACUCCUGUUUUAUUGCUAGAAAGGGUAAAGCCUAUUCCAUUUUUUUCAUACUUUGAUACUGGGAAAAAAGAUCCCUGUACUCUGCUUUACUCUCGAACGAAGCAAUUAAACAACUUUGGGCAGCCUACAUCAGACACCCAGCAGGAGCCAUAAUAAUCAGCAAGGAAGAAUGCGCGCUGGUGCAAUUCAUUUUCUAAUGAAGCUCCCAGCACAUGGAGGGAAGUUGACGCCGUGCCAAACAACGCACGACACAACCCGGAAGCACACCCGAGAGAUUGACAGUUGCCGUGAUGAAACAAUGCAGUUUGAGAGUUAAAAAACAGUUGUUACAAUACGAGAGUAAACGGGUACCAUGGUGUGCGAGUUAAAACUACCAUGAUGUAGUCUCUGAAAUUUGUAUUUUGUUUUGUCAAUUGUUUUCUUAAUGUGCAUUUUUAAUUCGAGCAAUAAAGCUGUGGAUUCGUUCAGUUUCAAUUUUGGAAGCUCGGCUGAAAUUUGGAUCUGAUUAAAUUUGGCUCCUUGUUAUUUUCACAGAAACUUACCCAUCGUCUGUAAUUUUUAUCCUAGCAUGUUUGCAUUUACUGAUGGAAUAUUUACUUUAAUGUAUUUCCGUGAUAAUUUUUUUGCCAUUUUUACCAAUUCUGUUAACGAUAAAUGUGUUUUGCCAACAAUACAUCGUGCAGUGCUUUGGUACAGCCAACAAAGAGCAAACGUUACCAAAUUGUAGAAAGUCUUUCAAUCCCGCCUCUUAUGGACAUCUGUGAAAAAGGAGCUUCAUAGCUCCUCAUAUUCCUCCAGUAUAAAUAAUUAUUCUAAUUAACCGCAUGAUCCAUUUAUUAUAGAUACCCUCACUAAAUAAUAGGGGUAUAUAUUCUCGAGAAAAUAUUUUAUUUCAAAUCCUGUAUGCGACUCCCACAAAUCUCGGUACACUUACUAAAUGUUUUAACACUAAGACGUGGAGGCAUUUUUUUAUGGUAUACAACCGCCUUUUAGGACCAGAGUAAAAGGGGCGUUAUUUGGGGGUGUCUGUAAAUGCAACACCAUCUACCUAUGUUGAACUUUUUUCGCACCGUAACCAUGCAUUUUAAAGGACAAAGUGUAGUGUGGUGCAACACAACCUUUUCCAGCAGGGGUCAAUCGCCAACCAAAUGUGAAAUAGACUAUGCCUGAACAGGACUCGUGUAUCCAGCCAUCCACACGUCCCUAACCUUCCUAUAACCUGAGCAUGACACCAUGGCGUGGUAUGCGCAUUUGUUGUCCACCGGACACAGCUUCUGGUCAAACGCAGAAAUGAACUAUUGCUAAGAUAUCCUGAGAAGGCUCGAUAGGUCUGAGCGAGUGCCCAGCCAUGUGUGAAUUCCAGCAGAAGUGGUGGAGAUAACCGUGACGCCAGAGCUUGGUGUUAUAUCCGCACUUGCUCUUUUAAUAGAACCACACUCGAAUAGCGGUUUACAAACGCUGAGGUCAUCUUGGGUCAUGCGCACAUCUCUUACCGUGAAUUAAAGUUGCACACGAAAUUAAUUAAAAGUCCAGACAGCUGCGCGUUAUUAACAGAGGGCAAAGUAAUUCAGAAAGGCUCAGUUACGAUGUGCCUACGUGUUAAACUGAUGUGCAUUGUGUCUGGAGUGUGUUCAUGCGUCCUUUGUACUCGAAAAGGUAGCAAGUGGUGCUAAUGAGACACUGUUCAACUAUAAUUGGUUCGAAGGCCAAUAAUAACAUGCUUCAUCCGGUCUGCGUAAUGAGGACACGACUGGUUAGCUCAUUGAUCACACGCUCGUUUUGGUAGGGUACCAGCGUGUGAUUUCCGAAGAGAGAGUAGGUCCUAACACAAUGGUUUUGAAUUACAUCUCAGAUGCGUUUUGUAUUCCCGUGAUGCUCGUAACACAAUGAUGUGCCUAGCAAUUGAAAAACAAAAACAGGCAUUCCUGGCUGGUGGGAGCAUGGCUUUGUUUGUUCCGUGAUAGCUCCACCCAUGGCAUGCCUGGCGGCCACCCAUCAAUUGUGUUAUUUUUGGACCGCUUGUUAGAGACGUCCUCAUAAUGAAAAAGGCGACCACUGCAAGACAUUAUUACUCCCACGAUGGUGCCCGAAUCGUUGAGAACAAUGUUGUAAUAGGUGGUUGCAUAGUUCACAUCAGCAGAUCGGUACCGGGUGUCGGGUUUAAUUCGGCCUGGCAUAGAGGCCGUGACAGCACGUUCUUUAAAAGAGCUGUCAUUGAGUUUCUGUCCAGUCUUGUCCCAGACUGCCAUACAACAGCUGGAUCUGAUAUGAGUAUGGGACCCUUGGAAAAUGCAUGGAUGCAACACAAGGGCAGCAGCUGCGUCUGCGAGGUGGAUGAGGACACCACGCGGGCCCUGCUGCCCCUCGGCUGCUCCUCCGCCGGGGUGGUGGCCGGCCGCGGCUCGCCGGACCGGCCGCCCGAUGGCCUCACGGCCGACUCGCCCCCCAACCAACAACAGGGCCAGCGGCAGGAGGCGCAGACGCAGGCGCAGGGCUGCGCUCGGGACGCCGGCGGCGGCGGGGGGAAGCCCCGGGCGCAGCGCAAAACAAAGGCGGUCCAGCGGAGGGUGAGCCAGCGCCGGCUGGGACAUCUCGCCUUCUUCCACUACCUGAAGCGCGUCGAGUCGAGGACGGGGUUCUGGGAGAAGCACACCACCCAGCACCUGCUCCUGCACAAGAACGACGAGGUGAAAGGUCACAAGGAUAAGCAUUUUAAGACACCGAUUGGACUGGCGGAAAUAAAACCUUGCCACAAGAAAAAGCACUAUGGUAAGACUGAUCCCGAUGACUCCGAGUCGGACAAAUCGGACGACGCGAUCGAGCAGCUGAACAAGGAGAACUCGCGCAAGUCGCGGCCGCCGAUGGGCGCGGCCGGCGGCGACGGCGCCGCCGCCGGGCUCGGCCAGAGUCGCAGCUGGUCGGUGCGAGCCGCCGUGGAGCGAGUGCAGGCCAAGGUGACGCCGGGCAACGCGCCGCUGGCCAGGCCCGGCGCCCGCAAAACCAAGAGGGAUGUGAGCGGCGUGAACGGCGACGACGGCGACGACGACGAAGAGGGCUCGGUGACGGAGAAGGAGACGGACGAGGAGUCGCCCGUGGCGGGGGACAGCGACACGCAGAGCGAAGGGGCAGUCGCGAAGGGCCCCGCCGCCGUCAAUGGGCGACCGACGGACGACGAGGCCCACGUGGACAUUGCGAGAGUUAGGAAAGGCUCGCUCGUGGCGGAGAAAGCUGUCGCCGCCGCUGCUGCUGCCGUAGAGCCGCCUCCUGUUCUGCCGAGUCCUUGUAAAGACUUCUCGGCAAAGUCGCAGGACAAAGGCCCACCGAGCUGCACGAAUUCCCAGGGUGCGGAAGGCGGAGAGGACAAGAGGGAGGCAGACACCAAGAAGAGGGCGACCGAGGGGAAAGAUCCCAAAGAGGACAGCAAGAAAAGCAAAGUCGACGAUGUGAAGGUUGCGCCCGUUGUCACCCAGACAAAGGAGCUGAAGAUAAAGAGCAAAGCCUCUCCGGGCGAGGCCCCCAGCAAGACACCGAGCGAGGCUCAGAAGAAGUCACCGAGCAAGGCAACGUUGGGCGAUGGGCCGAGCUUACCGACGGGCGGCGCUCCGAGCAAGGGGCCGAGCGAUGGCCGGAGCAAGCCGACGGGCAAGGGACUGCGUGAGACUGAGAGCAAGGACUCGAGUGAGACUCAAGUGGGCACGGUUCAGGCCGAGUCUGAAGAAACGCCGAACUCAGAGGCUUCCGACGACGUUAUAGAUGACUGCCCUCCACCUCCGGCUCCAUUUGAACACCGCAUGGUGGUGCCACAGAGCGAAGCGGUCAGCACCUCCUACUCCAUCAAGCAGAAGGAUGUGCUCGGAGGGGGACGGUUUGGACGAGUCCACAAGUGUGUCGAAAGAACGUCUGGAAUGACGCUGGCUGCCAAGGUCAUCAAAGCUAAAGGAGUGAAGGAAAAGGACGAAGUGAACAACGAAAUCAGCAUCAUGAACCAGCUGAAGCACAACAACCUCUUGCAGCUGUACGACGCGUACGAGUCCAAGAAUGACUUCGUCCUCAUUAUGGAAUACAUACACGGCGGGGAGCUGUUUGACCGCAUUGUGAGCGAGGACUACAAUCUCACCGAGCUGGACGCCAUCAUCUUCAUCCGGCAGAUCUGCGAAGGGAUCCACUACAUGCACCAGCAGUACAUCUUGCACCUGGAUCUCAAGCCAGAAAACAUCCUCUGCGUCAACCGGAAAGGAAACCAGAUCAAGAUCAUUGACUUUGGCCUGGCCAGGAGGUAUAAGCCGAGGGAGAAGCUGAAGGUGCACUUUGGAACCCCGGAGUUCUUGGCGCCGGAGGUGGUGAACUACGACUACGUCUCGUUCCCCACCGACAUGUGGUCUCUGGGAGUCAUCGCCUACAUGCUGCUAAGCGGGCUGUCCCCCUUCAUGGGCGAGGACGACAACGAGACCCUGACCAACAUCGUGAACGUCAACUGGGACUUUGACGACGAAGCCUUUGAGAACGUGUCUGAAGAAGCCAAAGAUUUCAUCUCUCGGCUACUCAUCAAGGAAAAGAGUGGCCGAAUGAGUGCGUCUCAGUGCCUGAAGCACAAUUGGUUAGUCAAUCUCUCGGAGCGCGCAAAGAAAUGUAAGGUUCGCCUCAAGUCACAGCUGCUUCUGCAUACGUACAUGGUGCGACGGAUGUGGAAGAAAAACUUCUUUGCUGUAACAGCGGCGAACAGACUUCGCAAAAUCAGCAGCUCCACCAGCCUGGCCUUGGAAGGAAGUGAAAAAUGAAAUCAAGUUGUUCAGUGCAUUGCUCAGCUCUGCACGAGUCACUCAGAUGAGCUUGUUUUUUUAAACCAUUUUACCCAAAAGUACCUCGAUCGUACUAGCAGCGUCAUGUGACAGAACUAAGUAUCCAUUCGGAUCUCCUGAAGUGCAGUGCCACCGUUCGUGUGCGAGAACGGCCCACGGAAGUAGAUAUCGCAGAGCUGCCUCUGAGAUUGUUUAAAAUUGACCUCUGGUCUAAACGUGGCUUGAUUUCUAAAUUUCAGUGAGCUCCAAUCUCCACAAAAGAUGGAAUGAGUCUGGCGUUCAUGAAGUCAGGCGUGUGCUCAAGAUGUAUGCGGCUUUCAAAUUGUGCAGGCAUUUUAAUGUGGAGCCUCCUCACUUCCGUCACUUGGUUCCACUCCCAAUGUAGCAAAUAAAAACUAGUUUUAGGAUUAGUGCGAUUUAAAGAAAAUCCAUGUUUUGCAAUGGAAAGAUCAUGUAUUUGUAAAUCACGCAUUACUAAGCAUGUAAGAGUAGGCCAGAUAUCCUGUAGAUGGGCUCUCCAGAGCUCCCUGACGAGAGCUCCCCCUAGUGGACGCCCUUCCGCCUGCAGUGGUGGGAGAAAUGAAUGCAGGGCUGCACCUUUACCGGUCCCUUUUACACGACAGUGUUUGGGUAUGCGGAAAUUUUACGUGAUAUUUUCUGAUUGAGUAAUUGGUUAGCAUGCACUGUUUAGGAAACGCAACGUUGAAUAAAGUUGUUUUCGUGGAAUUUAUACACUUUACUAUCAAUAAAUUGUAAUUUUAUUGUACAUUAUAUCUGGAUGGUUUUAUAUUCCUAUCAUGAAACUCUAGGGUAAUGCAAUACCAAACAAAGCUUUUGACAUUCAAUAUAAAUUGAAGCUUGGAGUGGUUUAUCUGAAUUUUUUUUACAUUUAGCAUGUUCGACUUAUUUUUUUGUAACAACAUAGCAACUUGAGUAUUUAAUUACAAUAGUGAAUUACUAAGUAAAUCUGAAUUUGUGCAGGCAUUGUCUUUUAUAUGAGGAAAUUAUAACUGCUAUGAGGAUGCAUAUAUUAUAUACGUCAAUUAAUUUGCACAUGCCUCUCUCCCUGUUUGACCUUUUGUGUUACUGCUGCAUAAGCACACGUACAGGAGAGAAACCCAUUGAUUGUAGAGUGCGGGUUAGAUCGAACUGCCUCCGCACACCAGCCACAAAGCACCAGCGAUGUCCAUAUUUAAUCCACCUUCCCUAUGUACGAGAGGGAGUGCUCUUGCCAAUAACGCCUGGACAUCUUAUCAGUAUUUUAACACAAGAAGCCUCUGCCCAUAAGACUCAAAGUUUGCUUGUUUAAACAAAUGCUGCUGGAAGACCAUUUGGCUUAUGGGAUGAAAAAAAUAUAUAUUUUUACGUGGAGUGACAGAGAGUAUGUUAAUUUAUUUUAUUCUCCAUGCACAUAUCGGCUAGCCUAGUUACGCUUGCAUACACACAAUGGGAAUACACCCUCUUGCAUUGAGUGGAAAAAAUGUAAACUUGUGUUAUGUGAACUUUUACGCAUCUGCAUACUGGCAGAAACAUGAAAGUUUUGAGGAAUACCGUUUUAUUCUUGAUGAUAGAUGGAUCAUUUGUCAAUGUCCUUGCACGUGGUAUUGUAUAAAGUAUUUGCACAUCUGCAUAUUAUUGAAUUGCAUUAAUUAGUUCGUCCAAAGGCAUGGAAAUGUGGAUGGCGAUGGCUCUUUAUUUUGCUAGAAUAUCAAGAGAUGAAGUUGUUUUACCGGGAUGUUUUGUUCAAUGGUCAAUGCACUUGAUUCAUUUUUAUUGUUCUGUUUUUUAUAAAGGGUUACCAACGGGCUAGGGAAAUAAUACACACGAUAAGCUAACACAACAAAAUUAUUCUGACGUUUUUAAAACUGAAAAAAAAAUAUCCCCUGUGCACAAUAUUGUGAUUUUUGUUAGCUAUGUAUGUGUGCUCAUAUAAAAUCAUCUCUAAGGUCACAGUUUAUCCCAAAAUUAGAAAUAUCUCCAUUGAUAGUACUUGGAAAAGAUUGUUUAAAAAUCACGUAAAAAUUUUCCCAAGCGGUAUGUGCGAAAAUAAUUUGCCCUAAGGCUGUGAGAUCUAAAUGUUUGUUUUCUUUUUCUCAGCAAUGUAUUAGGCGUGUAUUGAUUCAGCAAAGUAAAGGCAAGCUACCCAAUGUGUUGUCGGGUUGUCCCAACACGUGCCGUUAGGCAUGAUGCCUGACGUUUUGCUCCGCUUACUGGGAGCUUCAGGAACUGCAUUCAGUUCUUGAGGAAGCUCCCCGGCACAUGGACAAACUCUCAAACACGCGGAAUGGAACGUCAGACAUCGUGUUGAACAAAACGCGGUACAACCUAAAAACAUAGUAAUGUAAAGUUCAACUUCAUACGGUAUUGUGCGUUAUGCUACUACCCUUCUGGUGGGACUAAAUUGUAGGCCAUUGACUCAGGGUCAACUCUUCGGUUCAUCGGCUGUUAAUUUGCAAGGUCCCAAACGCCCAAUUGUUUAACCUAAUUUAAAUUGUGUUACUGUUUUACUGAAAUAACGACGGGAUAGCCAUUGUGGAAGUUAUCACUUUUCUUUAAACUGCAAAGUAAAAACUUAAUUUUGGCUCCUUGAACAAUGUAUAAUGUGCUACCUGUGAAAGAAAAACAAGUUUAAAACGUAUCUUAAGUGUGGUGUUCCUGGUUGGGCUGCACGUUGAUUACUGUACAUCUUUUCUCAAGCUUUCGCCAUGCACUACUGCGGGAAUCUUCAGGAGUUUAAUUGAUAAUCUCACCUAGUAUCCUAAAUGUGCAAAGACUCGGGCGAGAUGAACUCAUUCAACUCCUGAAGAUGCCCGCAGUGUUGCGUGCUGACUUGAGAAAACUCAACACGCAGCAUGACCCUUAAAACCACACUUGAAAUUCACAUAAAAUAUGUAAUUGAACUCACUAAAACAAUGAAUCCAUGAAUUAAUAAUGAAGAUACUGUAUAUUAAAGAAUGGGUUUAUUAUAUUUACCUGCUGUGGAUUGGAUUACAAUGCUUCUUUCGUACGUCUAAGUUUGGUCCUGCAUAUUAAGGUAUAAAAAAACCAUUGCGUCAAAAAGAAUACAUUAUUAAAUGGUGGCUUACGCAUGAAUUGCACAGAUUAUUGAAAGUCAAUUUAAUUCAUGCAAGUAUAGAGUUGACUUUUUAUGAUAUUGCUUCACCACCCAGGAUCAAUCAUGAUAUGAUCCGUACUAAAAUCAGGCUAAAAUGUAGGUGAGUGCAGUUAAACCCGUGCCAGAAUCUACAGAUCUCCACUCGACGAUGAGCCGCUAAAAAGUUCAAGGGAAGUACAUUGUGGGCUGUCAUUUAGCCAGUCAUGAUUUGCGGGAAAUUUGGCAAAAAUUGCGUAGACCGUUGACUCUACCCAAACUGGAGCGUUAGUUUAGCUCACAGUUUUGAGUAUCAGUGAAUAGUUUACAAAGAACGUGUCGCCUUCCAUGAAGGCUGCGUAUGAUGGGGUUGUGAGGUUCAGAUUAAUGGAAUGGCAGUUAAAGUUUAUGUUAACUUAUUGUUGUAAUCAAUAUGUAUGUUUGUGUAAGUCUACAUGGAGAACUAAUAAAGUAUACCAGAUA